AUACAUUUUAUAGAUUAUGCAACGAUAUUCCUCAAUAUGAUGAUUUCAAUACAUUCACUGAUCAUUCGCAGAAAAUAAGACUCAAUAUUGCUCAAAAUAAUAUAAAUUGGUUUUUAUAAGUUCGCAAAUUAUCAUUUGAUGAAGUUCUCACAAGCUACUUGACCGUGAUAAAUCAUGAACACCAAACUCAACGACGAUGAAAAUGCUAACCUUCUUCGCACCAACAGCAUCUGCCCUACCCCAGAAACAGAAUUACUAGACAUGCUGACAGCUUGCUCUAAGACCAAUGUAAAACCCGAAAUAGUCAAAGCCCUGAUAGACCUAGGCGCAAAUCUAACAUAUUCAAAUGAAGAAGAAUGGCAAGCUAUCCAUUGUGCAGCUCAUGCUACCAACAGCAGUAUUUUGAAAGUGGUCAUAGAUUGUAUGAAAAGAAGAAAAGUCGAUAUUAAUACAUUGCAGCAAGGCAACAAUGCUUUACAUGUCCUUAUCAAGUUCGGGAAGAGUGCAAGUAAAGAGCAAUUCAACGAGUGCGCUAAAAUACUGGUGGAAGAAGGAAUAAAUGUGAAUCUAGGUGAUGGUAAAGAUAUUUCACCAAUUCUUUGGGCAGCAGGAAAGGGCUACAAAGAUGUCAUCAAAACCAUACUGGAAAAAAGCCCAAUUUCAGUGGACUUGGACUCGCAUAAACUAAGGGGAAAAACAGCUAGAGAAAUCAUCACUAGUGGAAACCUUUACGAAGGUCAGCUACCAGAAAAAAUAAUCGACUCAAAUGACAGAUUUGAUGUGCUGCUCAAACUCAUAAAAACUAAAAACGAAAGUGGGUUUAUCAAAUACGAGAACGACGAUAUCUACUUUGUUGACUCUAACAAUACCUCUAAACCCCUCCUACAGAUGGCUUGUGAAAAAGGGUUGACGAAAGUGGUGAAGCAUUUGAUAGAUAAAGGUGCUGACCCUUAUUUGAAGGUAAAAAUUGAAAACUCCUACAUAAAAAUAGCAGCAGAGCAUGGAUUCCACGAGAUAUUCAAGCUUCUUUUAAACCACUACCCGAAGGAUCAGAAACCACACUUAAUCCUGACAACUUUAUUUAAAUACUAUGAAAACAAAGCAUUCCCUGAGGCUGGAAAAGACUGGACCAAGUGCUAUCGCCACUUCAUGGAGUAUAUUAAAAGGAGAAGAGGUAUUCUGGAUACCAACAAAUUGGACCAGUCUAAGAACUCACCACUUCACUUUAAAACCAACGAACCUAUUCUGGAUAUCAAUGAAUCGGACCAGUCUGAGAACUCACCACUUUACUUUGAAAAGAACGAAGAUAUUCUGGAUAUCAACGAAUUGGACCAGUCUAAGAACUCACCACUUCACUAUGCCAUGAGAUAUUGUGAGCCAGAAAUCACAGAAGAGCUGUUAGCUUUAGGAGCAUCUCUAGGAGCCAAAAAUAAAUUUGGCGUGAUGCCAGUCCAAGAUAUGGAGCCCGAGAAGCUAGAAAAGCAUUUGGACCAGUGUAUACAGAUUGAUACUGAAGAAAGAAAGGAAAAGGAAGAUUUACGUUUCACUUUCAAUUACCGUACUCUUAUCCCACCAGAAAUUAGUUUCGGUAGUGUGGGUUCUAGGGAGUUACUGCAUGAGACUGAGGUCAUAUCCUAUAUGAGCAAGGCUCCUGAGUUUAAGCAUCUUUUAACACACCCUGUAAUCGUUAGCUUUUUAUUCAUGAAGUGGCAUAGGAUAAGGUGGCUUUUCUACACAAAUCUCACUUUCUAUAUAGCUUUCUUUGCGUCUUUAGUAGUCUUUAUUUUUACUUCGUAUGCAAAUGUCAAUCCAGAAGAUUCAUUGAAGGAGUUUUUUGGAAUGUUUUCUUGGAUUACUCUUUUGGUCACAUGGUUGAUACUUUUAUUGAGGGAGCUGUUUCAGGUAGCCGUAUCACCCACCAAGUACUUCAAAAAUUUCGAGAACUACAUUGAACUGGUUCUUAUUUUCAUCACAGGGUUCAUACUCUUCAUCCCCUCGCCAUCUGAAGACACUAAGAAACAACUUUCAGCAAUUUCAAUUCUACUAGCAGCAUUUGAGCUAGUAUUGUUGUCUGGGCAACAUCCUAAACUAUCAACGAAUUUUGUGAUACUGAGAACAGUUUCGUAUAAUUUCUUCAAGUUCCUCAUUUGGUACUCCCUACUCAUCAUAGCUUUCGCUUUGAGUUUUUACAUCCUAUUCACUAAUACACAGAGUAAACAAGGCGAUGAGACCAGUGAACAGAAAAAUGAGGAUUUCUUCAAAGAUCCAGGGAUAUCCAUGUUCAAAACCAUAGUGAUGCUUACAGGAGAGUUUGACUUGAAUUUCCACACUUUUCCCAUCAUGAGCAAACUUAUAUUCGUGCUAUUUAUUUUCAUGAUAGUAAUUAUUUUGAUGAAUCUUCUGAACGCUUUAGCCGUUAGCGAUACUCAGAUCAUAAAAAAUGAUGCAGAAUUGUUGGGUCAUAUUUACAGAACACAACAUAUUAUGUAUGUUGAAAGUGUGCUCCUCGGAAACAUUUUACUUAGAAUUAUACUGAACAAAAUCAAAUUUUUGUUUUGCUGCUGUCCUUUCGACAUAGAAAAUACACUUCUACAGCCUAACAAAUAUGAGAUGAAAGUUUCUCCAAACAAUGAUGGACAAAUAGAAAUAUCGGUUGAAGAUGAUAAUGGCUCUUGUUCGAAUAUUCACUUGGAUAAAGAUACAAUUAGGAGGACAAUGUCUAUUGUGCAGGCAAGAAAGCAGAGAGAAAUAAGAGAGAAAACGAAAUUGAGACAUGAAUUGGCGGACACGUGUGGUUUGUGUGAUAAGUCUUGUAAAAAUUCGUUUGCAAUUGCAUGUAAUCAAUGCUCAAUUCGGUAUCAUAUCAAGUGUGUGGAUCUUACAACAGCGAGGCUAAACUAUUACGCCGCUGAUCAAUGGUUUUGCCGAAAAUGCAAAAGGGAGGUUACGACAGCAACUAAAAAUCAGCCGAGAAGUAGCAAAGCUGAACAAAGGGACACGAAGGAAUAUACUAUAAAUGAUAUUAUGCAUAAAUUGGUUUAUAUCGAGCAAAAUUACGUUUCAUUACUUGAAAAAUUUGGGCCCAAAGCAAGGUAAAUGAGGAACUCAGGAGGGAGUUAAAGGU